UCGGUUGGUAAAGCGACGGAGCGCACUGAGUAAAUUGAGGCUUGUAGAAAAAUACUCACUGCGAUUUGAUUAUCACUAAGACACAUCACAACGGUCGCGUUUCAUCUCGCCUGGAAUUGUGCUUUUAUGUUCUGUGGAGUUCAAGUUUUAUUUAGAAAAGCAUUCAUUUGUCACUGGAUGGAUGCUGGGGCCAAAAUGCACGCGCACUGCUGCUCCAAAAACAAAGCACAUCUCAGUCGGGUAUUGAAUUGAUCUAUCUAUCUGUCUAUCUAUCUAUCUAUCAUUGCAUGACCGAGGUCCGCCCCCCCUCCCCUUCUCUUUUUUUUUGCGCACAUUAGCGCGCGCUGGAUGUUGUGCCGACGAUGCUGCGCCCUGCGAAUGAAAAAUUUCAAGUCGGAUGUUUUUACGGCUCCAUAUCGCCAACAGGACGCUGGUACGGAGGUGGAAACCCGAGAAUAAGCCGUGAUCUGGAACCGUGAACAAAACACUUGUGUUUUUUUUUCUUCCUGCGUCCACGGUGGCUUUGCUUCUUUGCUUUGGCUCUGGAGGCACUGCGUUAUUUUGCCACGGAGCUCGCGCGUUAUUUACAAGCAACACGUCGAAUUGCAAAACGACGCUGCAGCCGAGUCCUUGGGUUUUUUUUUUUUUUUUGGUUAUUAUUGUUUGUUUGUUUCUAACAAAGGAAGCUAUACGAUCUUGAAACUUGCAGCAGAUCUUAGGAAACUAAAGAGGAAUAAAAAGCUCCAUACAGUGAAAAUUCAAGACUAACAAAGGCAUGCACAAGCCAAGACGAAUGAACUGAAAGAGACGUCAGUGUGGCUGAGGAUGAAUGGACCACCAGCCAGGAAGAAAAGUCUUUAUUUUUUAAGAAGGCUACAGCCGAAUAUGUUCAUUUUUCUUUUUAUGAGCCAGGGGUUUUUGCAAAAAAUGUUCAAUUGCACACGUUGAAGUACUUGUCUUCUUGUUCUUCAUCUGUUUUUGAAGUGCAGCCAAAACUAGUGCCAAACAUUAACUGUGCCAAGUCGGGAGGGGGAAAAGGAUAUUUCAGCUGCAUUUUUCAAAUAUUUCUCAAUCCAUUUUUUUUUUACCCUUUUACCUUACCUUCAACAUGAGCUUACACAUGAAGUGCUUUAUUCAGAAGUGACUGUUAGCUGUGCAAUUAACCUCACUCUCACAGGUAGGAGUUGGCCCUUGAUUGAGUGACCAAAAACAGGGCCAACAGAAGCCUCCUUAAACCCCACAAAGUGACCUGCUGCUAAUUUUGUCCUUGCAAGGCCUGGCAUGUUUCUGCUUCAUCAGUCAACCUACAAGCCAUUGUAUGCUUCUGCAUUUACUCCUCUUCUUCUUCCCUGAUUUCUGUGCACUAGAAAAAAAAAUUGUCUUCGGAAAAAAAAUAAUAUCCCCAAGCCAUAGUUCGUAUAGCCAUCUCUGUCAUGAUAGUUAAUACUUGGUUAUGAGAUUACAAUAUUUAUUAAUUUGAUUUAUAAGAACAGGUUCAAAGGUAUAUUCAGGGAUACUCUUGAAGCCAGUCACAAGAGUGCAUUCUGCCAUAUUCACCAGCAUAUAAUGAGCCAUUAAUAUGUUUACAUAAGUUUUCCAUUGGUUUUCACUUUUUGGAAACCGCACAGUAGAAGUAAAAAUACUAUUCUGUACUGUAACUUGGAUGAGAAAAUCACUUGCUUUGAUUUGUUGCCCUGAAUGUGUUCCAUAUGGAUGAAUGACUCCUCAAAACCCAUACACAAACAGACACACAUAUUUCCUGACUUGUUUUCAAGUCAAAGAUUAACACAUGCUGCUUGGUAGCUUUUAUCCUGACUGUUUAGUCUCUUCUGAAGUCUUUGGGAUGAGCUAUCUUCUUGUAUAACUUUUAGACAAGAAAAAAAAAAGAUGAGCACCUGUGCUCAAUGUUUCAUUCGCAAUCACCUUUUCUGAAUUAUUGUAACUGUGUGGUGUCAGUAACUUCCGAAACACAGAAGACAUUGUAUUUAUGUAUGCAAAAAAAAAAAAAAAAAAUUGUGGUUCAGAUUCCAAGCUAUUUAGAGGCUUGAAAAGUCUUCAUGUGUUUUUUUUUUUUUUAAUCAUCAUUGCCACAACCAAAAACACCUUAUGAUUUCAUAAUAAACACGACAUUUUAAACACAUGCCGCAAGUUUACAAUUCACAAAGAAGAGGUAAAUUACACAAGUAAAGGGUUUUAUUUUGUUGUUUUUUUUGUUUGUUUUCUUUACAGAAGUUGAUACUUAAUUUUUUAAAGAGGUGUUCAUUUUAAAAUAGUGCCAAAUACAAGCAAGGACAUUUAUAAUGCAUUUCAGAAUAAUAAUAAACCUGUUAUAGUUAUAAUAGGAAUAACCUAACAGUGGACUUCAAUAUAUAAGUUUACACUGAAAGAGAAAUGUUUACAUGUUCCCCUUAAGGUCCAAGCAGUUUGUUGAAACGUGAUAAAAACCACGCAUAUAAAAAGUAAAGAAACCUGUUAGUUUGAUGUGCAUUAGUGAUGAUUAUAAUAUUUAUAUUGUUAAUGUUCCCUGAAAUUCAUGUCAUGAAUUUUUUAUCACCGAAGAAUUCACGCACCUAAAUUCAUUCAAAAAUUUUAAUGUUGAACUAAAAUGAAAUGAAAUCUGUACAAAUCGUUUCAACCUUUUUCCCCCCAUGUAUAACUGAAUUAACUGUGUUCCAUUUUUGAUGUUGAUAUUUCUGUAGUAUUCUGUUGGAAUACAGACAUUACUGAAUAUAAUUCCAUAUAUUCAUAAAUAACUGAAUUUGAGAGUUUCAUUGGUUCAACAUUCAACUGAAAAAAAAAGUUAGACAUGCAUUUUUGCAUAGCAUUUGAGGAAAUCUAACUAAUUAAAUGAAAGUUAACUUCUUGUAAAUGUUGCAUAUUGUCAGAGUGGCACACAGUUUUAUUUCCCAGUACACCAGCAUUUCGUAUUGUUAAGAACCGUUUUGUACAAAGUGGUACAUUGUUCUUCUAGUUCAUUGAGAAGCCCUCGUCAUCAAAAUGCCAUUUGCUGCCAUUUUUUGUUUUUUUCUUCUUUUGGACCAUGUGAUUUUCACAGUGGCAGUUAGUUCAGAACGUCACUCAGCCAAUGGCAGGCCACUGUUGCUUCUGUUGCGAGGAUGGGGCAAAGAGAUCCCACCCCCUUCACUGAAAGGGAAGGGAAAAGAAGCAGCGGCCAUAGCAGAGGAACCAGAAGUGGCUGAGAUCCCUGCAAUGCCUCUUCCUCAGAUCAUGCUCCCUCGUAAUAUGACCGCCGAUGCCCUGAAACCCCCACUGGGGGCUGCACAGGUGGCGCCGCCACCACGUCGUCUGGUGGACGUUGAUGUGUGCAGGGGCUACUAUGAUGUAAUGGGACAGUUUGACCACACCUUUAACUGCACAAAGGGCACUUACAUCUACUGCUGUGGCACUUGUUACUACCGCUUCUGCUGUGAGCAUCAGCGCAACCGCCUGAACCAGGACAUAUGCACCAAUUACCACUCGCCCAUCUGGGCCAACACACAGGUGCCUGCCACUCAGCCCCCAAGCCGUUCGGAUCCAGACUUUGACCCUUUGCAGCAGCAGAGCAACAGUACAGUUUAUGUCAUUGGUGGCGUCAUUUCUUUCACAUUGGUCAUGGCCAUUGGGGUGAAGGUGGCUUUCCGCAAGGUCUCCCGUAGACCCAGGAACCGAGAUCUCAAUAUGCCCAGAGCACUGGUUGAUAUAUUGCGUCAUCAGUCCAGCCCAGUACAACAGAGUGAAAGAAACAACAGCACCUCCGCCACCACCAGCAAAGGCUCUCUGGGUAGGCAGCCCAAAAACCAUUACGCACCCAUCCUCCAGAGCAAAGACAACCGGAUUGGCAAACACAAUGUAAUCCAGUCUGGGUCCAGCCCCAAACACACAGCUACUAUAGAGCGUGUACCACGGAUGAACAAUGUCCAGCUGACCUCCACAGGUACGCUGAUCUCCAGCAAGACCAACAAUACAGGCAAUCCUUUAACCUUCUCUCAUUCCUUUCACAACCUGGCCCAGCUCCCUCCAACAUAUGAAGCUGUUAUGAAACCUGAUAUUAACCGCUAUUCCUCCCUUAAGAGACUAGAAAAAGAACUGGAUGAUUACACAAAUUAUUAUACCUCAAAAAGACGACCCAACGAUGCACCACCUUCCUUCUACUCCUCCCAGCAUCACCUGCACUGGAGUGGUGAUUACACUCUAGGAGCAAGGGGUACAUUGCCUCUACACUCAUCCCGACCCCAAAUACAUGUACCUACCUCUACUUCCACACCAAAUCCUUACCCUUUACCCCAGUCACCGUACAGUCCUACCUUUGAGACAGUGAGCCAGCCUCCACGCCGGGUGAUGUCUCAAGACCAACUACUGGCCUUGGGAGAGGGAAACACCCUGUCUUACUUGUCUAAGAACCAGCAGCACCAGUAUUACAAAGCCAUGGCCACCAGCAAGAGUUCAAACUCAAAGACAAUGAGAAAGUCCCACGAACGCCUCCUGGUGUCACCUGAGGAAAGAAUGAUGGGGAGUGCAGUGGGUGACUAUGGAGGGUUGCUGUCUCACCUGAGCCAUCAUAAGAAAACGCAGUCACAGCAGAAUGUGUGUGUGACCCCAUUACUUGACCGACACCACAUGAUCAAGAUGAAUUCGCACCCAACAUCUGGCUGUGAACAGGAGUUCACAAACAUUGCUGCUACCAUGUCAGCUGGCCAUGGAACUGGCACUAUGGGUUGGGGGGAGGGUCAUGGCUCUACUGGUGCCGCAGGAACAAUCAGCCAAAAUGCCCGCAGGAUGGCAUUUGCUGUAAAGCGGCAGAACACCAUUGAACAGCUGCACUUCCUCCCUGGGGCAGGGGGAGGCAGUCAGGCACUGUGGACAGGGAGUAAAAACGAAGUCACGGUGUGAAGAAGGGGUGAGGCAGAAGAGGACAGAAAAGGGAUGAUAGAAAGAUUAAACAUAUUUGCUCAAAUGGAGGAGAGGACUAAUAUUUUAAGGCAGAGUACAAGUUAGAAUGACAGGAGAUGGACACAAUAGGGAAGAUGGAAAAAACUUUAGAGUGAGGAGUCUCAUAGCAGAAGAACUUGGUAUACUGCUAGGACAGAAGUGAGGCCAUACAUGGUUCUGAAGAUCCAUUUUUGCCCCUUGCUGCUUGUUGCUAAGAAACAGGAUAAGAUACACCCAAGUUAUGUGAAGGUAUUUUUAGGAUGAAUCUAUGUGGAUAACUAAGGUUCCUAGUUUUAGCUCAUCUGACUGUGUAUACAGUAUAUACUUAUUCUUGGAAACAUUGCACCUACAACAAUUGAGCCAUACUUUUAGAACAUUUUAUGGUUAAAAAAAAUGAUGGAAAAUGUUUUGAAGGUUUUCUCCAACACGAACCUUCUAGCAAUUACAUUUAAUUUUAUAUUAUAUAAAGCUUAAUACUACUGAGUUUUAUUGGGAAAGGACUUUGGAGGAUAAUAUGGCCGAAAAUAAGAGGUGGAAACUUGAAUGGUCUCUGAUGACAGGAAUUGACAGGUAUAUCUGUGAAGACUGUAUAUUUGUGAAAUUUGAAAAGAUGUAAUGUUACAGCAGCAGAAAUAAACAUUGAGUAAUAAGUUAUCAUGAACUCCACUGCAACUUCAAGUGGGCAAUGACAAAAAAAGAAAAGAAAACAAGUCUACAAAAAUUUAUUGAUUUUCGUUAUCAAUAGUGGUCCAGCAGACACGAAAUAAAUAAGAAGCUGUGACGCUAGACACUGACACAACAUUGAACAAUAUUGUGAUACAAUUCUUUAGAUUUAAGAGUGCUGACUCUUUUAUAAUACAACUUGGGGUAAGUGUGGGUUAGAUGUAUGACAAUGAGUCUCCAAUAAUGUAGUGUCACAUAAACUAUAUAUAUAUAUAUAGAUAUAGAUAUCUUGGCUUUAUUGUGGUACCUAUUGUGGUGCCUCUGAGAGCAAUAUGCAGUGUUAAUCUUUGAUUCAUAGGGAAAUAUUUAAAGAAUCUAAGGGCCUUGUAGUUUGUGGUUAGAAAAUAAUAUCAACCUGUGCUCAGUAUGUGCCAUAAAUGAGCCAGUAGGCAUUGUGCCUGUUCAACAAGCAAGUCUGACCAGUUAAAGGAUUACUACAGACGACUUCCCUAGUCCUGGUUCCUGACAUUUGGUCUGUUAUCAUGGAAGCGUGGCAGAAGACAAAUUAAUUAUGAGCAUGCUUUGUUGUCAAGAAAACUGCAGACACACAAUUUGUAACAGUUGAUUACUGUAUAAGGUUGGUAUGGGAAUAGGAAAGGGGAUGGGGAGUUGGUGGACUCUUUAUUCCAAGGGCUAUUCUGAAACUUAUCUGUAUGUCUAUGCUUCUGUGUUUGGUCAAUUGUUUUUUUUUGUUUUUGUUUUUUAAAAUGAUCAUGUGUCAGUCUAAGUGACACAGCUGUAGAACAAAAUGCAGAAAACAACAGAACAAAUUCUGAUAUAGCUAACUAUAUAAUCUGCCAAGCUGAAUACACUGUAAUAUAUUGACAUAUAUGUUAUUUUCUGAGUAAUGAGCAGGCCAGUUUUGGUAUAUUCUGAAAAACUCUUUGUUUUCAGUCAAAGAUGUGUAUAUUUCUCCACUGUAUACUCACCAGACAUUCAUAUGCAGUUGUGUGGUGGAUGCCUGAGACUGUUCAUGUGCUUGAAAUGAACAGAAAAAGUAAACAGACAUGAAAUAUCCUUAAAAUUAAUAUUUCAGAUUUUCUUUCUAUUUAAGUUAUUCCAGUAUAAAAGGUAUGAGAAUUUUAUAUCGAUUUAUACAGUAUAAAAAAAGACUGAAAUCAAGUCAGUGUUCAAACCAAUUAUCAGUGUUCAGAUCAUAGUUAAUGUUUGCUUCUUUUUGCUUCCAUUUUUGUGACUUUCCUUUUUGUUACUAUACAACUUCCGAGUGGAUUCUAUACUUUGUAAUCAAUGACAAAAAGAAGCAAUUAAACUGAAAAGAGGAAAAGCAUGAAGAUGUCAAAAAAAGAGUCAGUGUUGAUGUCAUUACUGCUGAUUAGUGAUGUCAAGGUGUGUAUGUUUCCUGUUUGUGUGUCUGUGUUUCUGUGCCUGUGUGUAUUUCUGAAUCUGUCUUUUGGAAUGCUGAAUCUCCCAUUUUAUCUGACUUUUAUCUGAAUUGUCAGACAAUGUACAAGGAAAAUUAAACCCCAAAAAAGACUUUAUUUUCUGUUUAGAUGAGUGUUUUCUUUUUUUUUCUUCUUUAAAAAAAUGCUUAUAAUAAAGACAUAACGAUUUCCAAACCUGCAUUAAAGUAAAAUAUUUUCAA